AUGUCAAAAACUCUCCAUACAGCCUUGAAUACCUCAAUAAUACUUGUGGAGCAGUUUCUGUUGACGCUUGCUGCCCCUUGUGCUGAUCAGGCGUCAAAGGAGCUUUCAGGAAAAGAUGUUCUUCCCCUCCUUUCGGCCUCAUCUACGUCGCUCAAGGCACAAGUCACAAAGCUUUCACUCCUAGCGAUCAACUCCCCAUUUACCCACUCAGCCAUCGCUACUGUUGUCUCCGACCUGAAUAAGUCAGUGCUCCCGUCUCUCGUGACGGCAGCUCUUCUUGUCACCCCUGUCUAUCAUACCAAGUCUUUUCAAGCUGAGGUGCUGGUGUUGGUGAACUCAGCACUGAGGGAACUAGAUUUGCUUCUCAAAGAGAUCCAAGCUGUCGCAAGCAAAGUGGAUGAAGCAAAAUUGGCGCAAAAAGGAGACAAUGAAUUGUCGCAGUCGGAGAAAAACGUCGUGACAUUAGCUGCUGGACGCACAUGGGAAGCAUGCGACAUGCUGACUGACUUAGCCGCAAAGGGUGUUGUCGGGUUUGUGAUCCGGCGUGUGGAAGAAUGGAGAGAUCUUGUCCGAGAUGCAGUGGAUGAGAUCGAAGAAUGGGAUCCAGAAGAGGAAGGAGACGAUUUCUUUGAUGAACUUUUGAGCGACGACGGGAAACAAAAUGCUGGAAUGAGUGAAAGUAAACCAAGUGAGACGGACGAAAAUAGCGAGGACAGUGAUGCCCUUCAUGAGCAUAAAAGGAAUGCGAUCCGAAUUCUUAAGCCCGUGACACAGAUCUUCCCCGCCAUUAUCAUGAACCGCCUGAAAAAAGUCCCUAAAUUAUCACCUUUUAUUGUUAAGCAACUUGAACUCUUGAUGUCAAACCUAAGGCACAUACCAGACAACGUUGACGAGGUGGCCGGAGCCCUGUAUGAAGCGAAUUUGAGCAAAACGAACCAAUACCUAGAGAAAACAAAGGACAAUGCCAUCAAUGCCAUAAAAUCAGUGGCAUCACCCUGGGACUCAGCCAACCUUGUCGACAGUGAGCAGCAAACAGAUGAUAAAUUUGCGAUCUGGUCGAAGACAUGGCUGAAUGUGAUGAGAGAAGUCAGCAAGUCUGCCGUUGACGAUGACGGGAAUAUUGAGAAGUGA